UUCUACCUGCUUUAGAAGGUAAACCGUUAAUGUCGAAUAAAAAGCGGAUAAACGUGACCUUAGGUAAAUGUAUUCCUGCUUCGGGCUACAUAAUACAGUCACCCCGCCCCUUUCAACGACCACGGUGUAACAAAUCAAGCAUACGCGUCAGUCCAGUCGGCUCUAAACGUGACGUAUUUCCUGGAGAAAGGAUUUUUGAGGCAGUUUGUUGUUAUCUCCAUCCAGUAGUGAACCGUUAUAUUGUAUUGGCACGUAUAGCACCUUAUACUCCUUUUUUUCUAUCCGUGUAUUUACUUUGCGUUUGUAAAUGAAUGCCAACAAAAUAAGCCAUGUGAAAUAACUCAACCCGUUAGAAGAAACCGUUACAAAAAAAUAACUGGGUGCGACGGUUGAAGUUAACGUUAAACUGGCAAAAUAUAACCAUUGUGGUGGUGGCAAGUUGUUGGCGGAUAACGUCAAGGCUGCAUAGUUGAAUUCAGCACUUUUUGGAGGAGGAUGGGCGUGUUCGGAUCGCAUUAUUAUUCAUCUCCUGGACCAAGUGGUGGACGUACAUCCUUAGGUUAGGUGUAAAGUUGAAAGUCAAGCCUCAGGAGAAAGGACAGUCUCCGCCCGGAGGAAGAAGAAGAGAAGGAGGAGGCAUGACGUCUCGUUUCUUCUUAGUUUUUGUAAAAGCCACGAGUUAGAUGUGUUCAACGCAGGGAGGGGAGCUGUGGCAGAGUGGGUGGGAACAAUGGGAGUAUUUGCAGAAACUAUAGAGGCGAUUUUAGCAUAAAGUCUCUGCCAGCGCUGUCGACAUCUCUUACCAGUCCUCCCAGUCAGGUGAAUCCUUCCCCGGUGAGGUAACAGGCUUAAUCCAGUAUAGCUGAGUGAAGGAGACAUGACUUGACCAGCUUUGGUGCGCAGCGCUUCCUGUCUGAAGUUUAUUUUUGGACACUGUUCGACUUUGCUGCUGUAAGGUAGAGCAGCCCCACUCUGCCUGGGAAGCAGUGACAGACGGACGGAUAGACUGCCCUGUGAAGUGUUCUCCUUUUCAUGGAUGCCAGGGUGGUCCUGCUCCACUUAUGGACAGUCCUUGUCCUCCUGAUAGCAGAACUGAAGUGGAUUGAAGCUGCAGAGGUCUACACCAACACCUGGGCUGUCCAGAUCAAUGGGGGGCCGGAGGAAGCCGACCGCAUCGCCAGGCAACACGGUUUUGUCAACCACGGCAAUGUUUUUGGAGAUUAUUAUCACUUCAGGCAUCAUGCCGUGGAGAAGAGGGCUUUGUCUGGCCACAGGGGGAUGCACAUCAGACUGCAAGAAGAACCACAGGUCCUGUGGGCGGAGCAGCAAGUGGUGAAAAAAAGGAAGAAAAGGGAUAUCUAUGAAGACCCAACAGACCCUGAUUUCCCCAAGCAGUGGUACCUGUCCACCCCGACACAUCAAGACCUGAAUACCAAAGUAGCCUGGGCUCAAGGCUACACAGGAAGAGGUGUAGUGGUGACUAUCCUGGACGAUGGCAUUGAGAAAGACCACCCAGAUCUCGUCAGCAAUUACGACCCUGAGGCCAGCUAUGACGUAAACGAUGGAGAUGCUGACCCCCAACCAAGAUACACUCAGCGGAACGAGAACAGACAUGGAACUCGAUGUGCAGGAGAAGUUGCAGCAGCGGCCGACAACGGUGUGUGCGGUGUAGGUGUGGCCUAUAAUGCCAAAAUUGGAGGAGUUCGUAUGUUGGAUGGGGAGGUGACAGACGUGGUGGAGGCCCACUCUCUGAGCCUCAACCCGCAGCACAUCCACAUCUAUAGUGCCAGCUGGGGCCCAGAGGACGAUGGCAAGUCACUGGACGGCCCUGCCAAGCUGGCUAAGGAGGCUUUCCUCCAGGGAAUCACCAAGGGACGUGACGGACAGGGCUCCAUCUUUGUGUGGGCUUCGGGUAAUGGUGGCCGGGAGCAGGACAGCUGCAACUGUGACGGCUACACCAACAGCAUUUACACCCUUUCCAUCAGCAGCACCACGCAGUCCGGCAACGUGCCGUGGUACAGCGAGCCCUGCUCUUCCACCCUCGCUACCACCUUCAGCUCUGGAAACCCGGGGGAGAAACAGAUAGUGACCACCGACCUGAGGCAAAAAUGCACAGACUCUCACACGGGGACGUCUGCCUCGGCCCCACUGGCUGCUGGGAUCAUCGCUCUGGCUCUGGAGGCCAAUAUGAACCUGACCUGGAGGGACAUGCAGCACCUGGUGGUGAGAACGUCCCGGCCGGGACACCUCAGCGCCGGAGACUGGAAGACCAACGGAGUGGGACGCAGAGUGAGUCAUUCGUACGGUUAUGGGCUUCUGGAUGCAGGUGGCAUGGUGGUUUUGGCACAGAACUGGACCACAGUGGGACCACAGCAUCAGUGUGUUCACACCAUGCUCACGGAACCAAGAGACAUCGGGAACAAGCUGGUGUUCAGCAAGAGCGUGGAUGCCUGCUGGGGACGACCCGAGUAUGUCAGCUCUCUGGAACACGUUCAGGCUCGCCUCACUCUCUCCCACAACCAGAGAGGAAAAUUGGGCAUUCAUCUCAUCAGCCCGCUGGGCACACGCUCCACCCUGCUGUUCCCCAGGCCCAAUGACUUCUCCUCAGAGGGAUUCAACGACUGGGCCUUCAUGACCACCCACUCAUGGGAUGAGGAUCCUCAAGGGGAAUGGACACUGGAAAUAGAAAACGUGGCAGCUAAUGGACGUGACUAUGCUGUGUUAAGUCAGUUCACCCUCAUCCUGUGGGGCACUGGACCCAGCGUCCUCAGCCCCUCGUCAUCUGACUUCCCUCGGCCGUCCAACAACAGCUGCAAGACCUUUGACGCCCAGCAGAUCUGUAUCGAGUGCAGCCCCGGCUUCUCCCUCUUCCUCCAGGGCUGUGUGAAGUUCUGUCCGCCCGGCUUCACCUCGGGGCCGCAGCUCCUCAACCUCUCGCUGGAGAACUGGGUGGACCUGUCUUCGGUCCAGGCCUGCCUGCCCUGCAACCCCGCCUGCCUCACCUGCUCAGGCAGCGGGCCUACAGACUGCCUGUCCUGCCCGCCUCACAGCCACCUGGUCCUCACCUCCUGCCUGCACCAGAACCAGGUCCAGCGCAAAUCCCCGUUAGCUGGGGUAGUCCAGGGUGAGCGAGCGCAGCCAGAGGGGGAGAUCCCAGCAGCAGCAGACGACGGCGGAGAAGGCGAGGGACCUCCGGGGCCCGGCGUAGCCCCGUCCAGUCAGCUGCCCGUCGUCAUGGCCGUGCUGGGCUGUGCCUUCAUCCUGGCCGCCUUCGUCGGGGUCUUCCUCUUGCUGCAGAUGCGCUCAGGUGGCGCUUUCUGGGGCCGGAGGACCAAACUGCCCUCUGUGUACUCACAGACGAGGGGGGUGCGGGUGGGCUUCGGUUUUGGCUUUGGCCAAGGACAGGAGAGGAAGGCACGGAUAUGCUACAAGGGGAUCCCCACUGUGUGGGGGGAGGAGGACGGGACGGCCUACCAGUCUGAAUCAGACAGCGAGGAAGUGGACGGUCACGGCGAGAGGACAGCUUUCAUCAAGACACAGAGCUCCAUCUAGCUGAAUCUGCAGAAUGUCUGACACCACGUCUCCCCGGGUCUCAUCAGCAUUUUAGAUCUGACUGGAUGGAGCUGAUACACGAUGGAGAAUCACACAAAAAACACAGGCCUUACUGUCCCAUCAGCACCCCAUCUCAAUGCAUUAAAGGAACACGCCGACUUAUUGGGACUUUAUCUUAUUCACCGUAUCCCCCAGAGUUAGACCAAG